AAUUAUUUUGUGUCUCAAGAGAUGUCUCUCUCCAACUAUAAACUCGCUGCCAUUUUUCCAGUUUUGUUGAUGAUGGAAGUUUUGAUUGAAGAUUUGGCAGUUCUGGGACUGAAGGAUGUUUGUUCAAUUACAGUCAGAAGUUUUGAUGUGCGAAAUGUGAAACUGUUCGAAAAGAUCAUCCAUUUCUUGAUCAGCACAAUCAGUCCAGAGAGUAUCCAGACGUGGCCAGUGGUGUACAGGAAUGAGGAGUUGCCUUUCAGGAGGGAAGUGGUCGCCUACUUCAAGACUCUCAACCACCCCUCUCUCUCAUCUGCCGAAGUCACUGUCCUUCUUCCCAACUCUGCUGGCCCAAAAUGCGUCCAUUUUCUUCUUCGGUUUUCCAGAUUUGUGUUGGAGGAGAAAAUGAAACAGUUGGAUUGUGGCUGGAUGUCUCCUGUUAGUGACAACUCAGUAGACAUGAUGAACAGUGGCGUGUCAGAUGCGAAGUUGAAGAUAUUAAGUCAGUACUACGAGAGUGAUGCUCUGUCCAAAAUGGCUUUCUAUGAAUCAGAAUGGAAGAAGUAUGAUGCAGCUUACCAACAACUGAUGACUGAGCACAAAAGACUCUCCAAGCAGAUGGAAGUAACCCGGAGAGCCAUUGCUAAAAAGGGCCAUGACUGCCCAGUUGACGUGGACUCCGAUUUAGUGGCAGCCACUGCAGACAACAUGCAAGAGUGUCUCUCUAUUCUGGACCAGAUCGACUCCUACUCCAGUUCAGUCUCAUACACACUGAAUAAGAAGGCCAACGCAGACCCUAGUGACUUCCAAGGUCUGGACUCUAGUCGACUCAAUGUGCAAGUACCAAACGCAGUGAAUUCUUAUUUGCAACACCAACAGGAGAAUGGACGACAGUCGCUAAGUGAGCAGCCUUUAUUCGAAGCUGAAAAACUGAACUUGAUCACGCUCUCUUCACUUGCGAAUUUGUCUCUUGAAGUUUUCAAAGAAGAAAAACCAGAAGUAAAAAUGACGAAUUGCGAAGAUGCCUCCAAUUUAGUUGAACAAUUGGAUUCUAUAAAUGAACAAAUUGAACAAUUAACUCUUUCAGUCGAAACUCAGAUGUCAGUUUUGUCUUCGCAGUUAUAAAUUGAUUUGUGCUCUAAAAAGUGGGCGUGUAAAUAUUUGAUUGUGUUGUUUUUCGUGACUAAUGAUUAAUCUAAUUUGAAUUUCGGGUAGAUUUAACCAACAAACUAAACAAUUGCUUAGGGCAGGCGCAGUGUGCUCAAUGUUAUCUGCUAAUCGAGUUUAAA